AUGGAUCUCGACCAGAUGGAUGUUGGUGAGAUGAUCACGAUGCCGCAUAUCAGCGAAGAAGAAACGAAACCGAUUGUGACGAACGCCCCUCGUUUGACUGUUAGAAGAGUCGGAACUGCUAAGCGUGCUGCCACCACUUCUAGAGACCACCCGGAUCCGAAGUUGGGAUGUUCUGAGGAAUUUGUGCAAGCUCCUGAUGAUGAACCCGUUCCUGGUAUGAACGACUACGUCAAGCUUCGAGCGAUACAACGCAACACGAAGACCACCAACCGGAUAAAGAAUGAUUUAGAAACCGAGGAUGUGAAAUUAGUAAACGAGCUUGGACGCCUCGCACCAGACCAGCUGAUGGUGUACAUUAAAAAUCUGCACAAUUCGGCGUUGAGUCUCGGAAAGGAAGAAAGAAAACAAUUGAAGCGUGGGAAGAUGCUACGAAUUUUCCCUUACGACGAAGAGCUGAACAAAAUGCUAAGCGAAAUGAACCAAUGCUCGACACUGAUGGUAACCACCGAUCCGAGAAAACCGCCAUUAAACCGCGUCUUAUCUGUAUCCGGUCGCUGCGUAUGCGUUUCGGAAUUACUUCGUCGGGUCGAGCAUUUGAGACGCGAGGCGCAAGCAGACGACGGGGAAUUCAGCUUGGUACAAAACAUGGAACUCCGAUGGGCGAAACUCUUCAUGGAGUUUAUUCUGGGCUCCGCGUAUUGUCAGGCGACGACCUGCUCAGCUCUAGGGGACGAUAUGAUAUGGUAUGUCCCGAUGCAACGAGUGACAACUUCUUUUCACCUUUCCGCACCCCCACAGCUGCAGGUCUUUCGGCGACAAAGCAAGAAGCAGCCCGCUCCCUGUGACUCGACGGUAAACUGGGAGGAGACGGUCUGUCUAAAUCUGAUCCUGCAACAACUAGACUUCUUCGUCACUUGCGCCGUCUGCACCAAGACUUCUCCUCAAAAUUUACAAAUCAUUCGCAAGAAUUGUCAAAAAGUUUAUCCCUCGCCUUCCCGUCGUAGGAUGGAUAGUAAAGGAGAAGGGGAAGAAAUUACAUAUCCGAAGAUCUACUUCGCUAUUGAUGGCUUUGAAGAUGUUUUCAACGACAUUGUUGUUCGUGAUGGAGAGUGCGUUUGCGUGGAGCUGGUUGUACGUGAUCGACAGCGCGCCCGUGAAGCCGUGACUUUCCUGGGAUCAAUUCGAUAUGAGGUCCUAAAGCAGGUCUAUGAUGCUAAAGCCUCCUCAAGCUGGGGAUGGGCCCAGCGACUCGUCAAAGACGACAAAAGGCGGAAAGAGUUUGUGCGGAUGAGGGGUCCCCGGGGAAAGGGAUACGCUGAAAUGGCUGUUGCCAGAGUUCCUGGAUGUGGAACGGAGACACCGCAGACUGAACGAUCACAUAUCGAUUUCCCGGAUUUGACACAGUUUGAGUCUGCCCUGGGGCGGAGGAGGAUGAGCGAGCAGAAUUUGGCUGGGGCAAUGAUUGGGCCUUCAGGUGGAAGAGUUGCGAUGACGCCAUCAGGUCUUGGCACAUUACCUCGAGGUCGGCGUUGGCAGAGUGAAGCAGAUACAGCAGGACAAUAUCCUGAGGUUGAAGCUUCAUCAAUCGAUGACGAAUUGGAGGAGGGCGUGCUGAGUCGAUUAUGGUCGGUCCGAGGGUUCGGCCAGGCUUGGCAUUGGCUGCGCGAGAAGAAGCGUGCCGAGUGCACACCCCUAAAUGCAUAUCUCACCCUCUACCAAAUCCCAAAUCGAUCUCAUCUUGCCCAGUAUCUCACCCCGUGCUCUACCCUGUCUAUGAAAAGACAUCUGGGUAUAUUGUUGCUGUACCUACAAUGUGUUGUUGCUUCAAAUAAUGGGGGCUGGAUCACUGAUGAAAAGGAUAUUAUCGGAAAAGAUGGGCCUUGUAACAUUGAGCGCUACGAUGCUGAUGAUUUGAGUCAGGCUGAAUUCCUUAAAAGAUUUGCCUAUUCGGAGCCAAUCAUCAUCUACAAUAUUGAUAAUGAAGAGUUUAAACUGCGAACUGAACGGGAACGAAUGUUGCAAGAAUGGGGUGAAAUGGAUAUCGUGCUCAACAGCGCGAACACGUACAGCUACACCCGAGUGCCGAGCAGCUUCAAGGAGUAUUUGGAGCAUAAGCUAAAGCCGCAAAACCUGGAGACCCUGGGCAACGAGACGUUGUACCUUUUCGGGGAUAUAGAUCAAAAGGCUUGGAAGCCACUUUUGGAUGCCUAUAAGAUGCCGGAAUAUACUUUGCCUGGCCAUCAGCCCGCUCUCAGUUUCGGGCUAGCCGGCGCCGGAACCGGUGUCCCUUUCCAUUUCCACGGCCCCGGAUUUGCGGAGGUGAUUCAUGGGAGCAAGAGGUGGUUCUUGUAUGAGUACGAGGAUCGCCCGGAAUUUGACCCGGAUAGGACGACUUUUGAAUGGUAUCUGAAAGAUUAUCCGAAUCUUCCGCGCGAGAAGAAGCCGCUCGAAUGUUUGUUGAAACCAGGAGAGGUAAUCUACUUCCCGGAUAAAUGGUGGCACGCUACAUUGAACUGCGAAACUUCCGUCUUCAUCUCUACCUUCCUCAGCCCA